CUUCACAGCAAAAAACCUUUCACAUCACAACAUUCUCUCUCUCUAUCUCUCUCUCUAGGUAGCUAUCUCCGUAGCUGUUUUUUUGUCUCUCUUCAAGCGACCAAAUCGAAGCGUGGCAAUGGUUGUUCUGAGCACUCUGGCGUUGGUAAGAGCCGCCUACUCGCUGAACAGUUUCGUCUUUGAAGCGGAAGACAUCCGAUUCGGUUCGCCGUGGUGGUUCGUAGUCGUCGGUGUGGCGUGUUUCCUCGUUCUCUUCGCUGGGAUAAUGUCGGGACUCACGCUUGGGCUAAUGUCCCUUGGUCUCGUUGAGCUUGAGAUUCUCCAGCAGAGUGGUUCCUCCGCCGAGAAAAAACAGUCCGCUGCUAUUUUGCCUGUGGUUAAGAAGCAGCAUCAACUUCUCGUGACUCUACUUCUAUGCAAUGCAGCUGCCAUGGAGGCUCUUCCUAUAUGCCUGGAUAAGAUAUUCCACCCUUUCGUGGCUGUUUUACUUUCAGUUACUUUUGUUCUUGCUUUUGGAGAGAUAAUUCCGCAAGCUAUAUGCUCGAGAUACGGACUUGCUGUUGGCGCUAAUUUUUUGUGGCUGGUUCGCGUUUUGAUGAUUAUCUGCUUUCCCAUUGCUUACCCUAUCGGAAAGGUUCUUGAUGCUGUAAUUGGGCAUAGUGACACACUCUUUAGGCGAGCUCAGCUGAAAGCCCUUGUCUCAAUUCACAGCCAGGAGGUAGUUGCUCUUUGUGAUCUAACUAGACAAAUCCAGAACGGGAAAGGACAGAGAUAUUACGCUGCUGGUAAAGGGGGUGAACUGACACACGAGGAAACAAUGAUUAUAAGCGGAGCCUUGGAUUUGAGCCAGAAGACUGCUGAGGAGGCUAUGACGCCAAUUGAAUCAACAUUUUCGCUAGAUGUAAAUACAAAGUUAGACUGGGAAACAGUUGGAAAAAUACUUUCGCGAGGUCAUAGCCGAAUCCCGGUCUACUUGGGGAAUCCUAAAAAUAUCAUUGGGCUUCUAUUGGUUAAGAGUCUUCUAACUGUACGAGCUGAGACAGAAGCACCUGUAAGUUCGGUUUCCAUCAGGAAGAUCCCAAGGGUUCCAUCAGACAUGCCAUUGUACGAUAUCCUCAAUGAAUUUCAAAAGGGAAGCAGUCACAUGGCUGCAGUUGUCAAAGUUAAAGACAAAGAUAAAAAGAAUAACAUGCAGUUGCUGAGUAAUGUCGAAACACCCAAAGAAUAUAUGAAGUUUUACCAGACUAGUAAUCUAACGACUCCUUUGCUGAAGCAUGAAUCCCAUGAUGUCGUUGUUGAUGUUGAUAAUGUACCAAAGCAUGUGAAAAACAGGGGAAGAAAUUUCCAACAGAACGGUAUUGUGACAAGAGACUUGCCGUGUUUGUUGGAAGAUAACGAGGAUGCAGAAGUGAUUGGCAUCAUCACGUUAGAGGAUGUCUUUGAAGAACUUCUACAAGCAGAAAUCGUAGAUGAAACAGAUGUUUACAUUGACGUACAUAAAAGGAUACGUGUGGCGGCGGCUGCAGCAGCUGCUGUAUCAUCCAUAACCCGUGCUUCACCAGGGGAGGUUCAAAGCAAGGUAGGACAAACCGUGAAGAAGAAGCUUGUUGGGAGAGAAGCUCGCAGUACAAAAAAUUACACAACAAAAGUCACGGAGACUCUUUUCGCGGAAUCAGAUAGAUAGUGUUUAGCUUCUAUUGCUAAUCUAAGGUUGAAGGUUCGACGUCAUGUCUCUUAGAACUUAGUUUGUUGUAUGUUGUGUGUGUCAAUACGAAGUUGGAAUAAUGAGGGAAUAAGAAAAGUAAAGAGUUCUGUAUCUUUCUAAACCAAUAGAAUGGUACAUACCGGUUUGAGCAGCUCUAACGGUAUGAAGUUAUGGCCACUUGAGUUAAA